AUGGUAAAUACUCGACCUCAAGUCCACCCACACCAAGCUAAACUAACCAACCCCAAAAGUCGCUCCGAACUGCGCGCUGCCCUAGCCUGGGGAGCUUACAACUCCAUCAUCGGCCACGAGGGAGUCGGCGUAGUUGUGGAAGCAGGAACUGAAGCCUCGCGAUCCCUCUUGGGAAAGCGUGUCGGUGUCAAAUGGCUUUAUAGCGCUUGCAACAAAUGCUCAGUGUGCAAGCGUGGCUAUCCGCAUAACUGUGCUCAGCAGCUGAACACAAGUCGUCACGUUCCUGGGACAUUACAGCAGUAUGUUAUUGCGGACGCGAGAUUCGUGACUUUGAUUCCGGAUGAGGUGAGCGAUGAGAUUGCGGCGCCGUUGCUUUGCGCUGGAUUGACCAUGGUCGGGGCUCUGGCUAAGCUUGAUAAUGAGCUUCAUGCUGGGGAUUUCGUUGUUAUAUCUGGGUCUGGUGGUGGCUUGGGUCAUAUUGGUGUUCAGAUCGCGGCGAGGAUGAAACUCCUGCGUGUCAUUGCCAUUGAUAGUGGGAAGGAUAAGGAGGCAGUCAGUCGUGAAUCGGGAGCGGAGUUCUUCAUCGAUUAUAAGACUGAGGAUGUCAUCGCUCGAGUCCGUGAUAUCACCGGGGAGGGCGCACAUGCAACGAUCGUCGUUCCGGGGACUGAAGAGGCUUUGGCAAUGGCUCCCCAGGUUGUGCGUAAUAUGGGAUUCGUGGUGAACGUUGGGUUGCCGCGGAAUGAUCUGAAUAUCCCACUUUCUGCAACAAUCUGCACUGCUAGAGGUCUUACUUUCAUUGGGUCAUCUGUGGGCACUGAAGAUCAGAUGAGUGACCUACUGCAAGCAGCUGCGUCUGGCAAAAUCACUCCAUCGAUUGAAGUGUUUGGCUUCGCCUCGGUGCCGACUUUGGUAGCCAAGUUAAAGGAGGAUGGUAUCACAGGGAGAGCAGUUGUCAGACUCCCAUAG